AUGGAUCAUUCCCAGUGCCUUGUGACUAUAUACGCCUUGGUGGUUCUGCUGGGUCUCCGGCUAGAGCAGGGCGCCUGCCAGCACUAUCUGCACAUCCGACCGGCUCCCAGCGACAACUUGCCCUUGGUGGAUCUAAUCGAGCACCCGGACCCUAUCUUUGACCCCAAGGAGAAGGAUCUUAACGAGACCUUGCUAAGGAACCUCAUGGGCGGACACUUCGACCCCAACUUUAUGGCUGUUUCUUUGCCCGAGGACCGGCUCGGAGUGGACGAUCUAGCUGAGCUGGACUUGCUGCUCAGGCAGAGACCCUCGGGAGCGAUGCCCAGCGAAAUCAAAGGGCUGGAGUUCUACGACGGGCUGCAGCCGGGCAAGAAGCACAGGCUGAGCAAGAAGCUGCGCAGGAAGCUGCAGAUGUGGCUUUGGUCCCAGACCUUCUGCCCGGUCCUAUACACGUGGAACGAUCUCGGCAGCCGCUUUUGGCCCCGGUAUGUCAAAGUGGGCAGCUGCUACAGUAAAAGGUCUUGUUCAGUCCCCGAAGGCAUGGUUUGCAAACCUGCCAAGUCCGUGCAUUUAACGAUCCUGAGGUGGAGGUGCCAGCGCCGGGGCGGGCAGAGAUGCACAUGGAUACCCAUCCAGUACCCCAUCAUUUCGGAGUGUAAGUGCUCUUGCUAGGGCUGGCACUUCCCUUCGCGCCCCUUCUCCAGCGGACUCACGUGGACCUUUGCUGCAACAGAAAUAAAAGACAUUUGCUUUCUGGUUAACGUUGUAAUGCACUGUAACGUGUAGGAGAAUGUAUAUUGUGUGUGUAUAUAUGGCACCGGUUUAAUAUACUAUUAAAAGGUCAGUAUUAUACGUGAAAUAAUCAGCGUCUACUGUA